ACCACUUCACUUACCUGGGAAGUAGGAUCUGCCCCAGUGGGCCAGUUGUCGAGGAAAUCUUUGCACGAAUACAAAAGGCUCGACUGGCUUUCGUCAACUUACACCACCUAUGGGGCCGCCGUAAUAUCGAAUUGUCUAUUAAGGGUCGCGUGUACUGCACAGCAGUCCGGUCUGUCUUACUGUAUGGCUAUGAAACAUGACCAUUGAAGGUGGAAGACAUGAGAAGGCUUCAUAUGUUUGACUACCGUUGGCUUUGUAGCAUAGAUCGUAUUGCAUGGUGUCACCACGUGAGUAAUGCAGAAGUCAGGCUCAGGUGUAGAGUGUUAGGGAGAAGAGGUAAGUCGGUUGACGAGGUUAUGAACCUUCAUCGAUUGAGAUGGUUGGGACAUGUACUACAUAUGCCUUGUCACACAAUGUUAGCCGUAGUGGAUGCAGGCUGGUAAAAAAGGCUCGAGGUGGCGAGACUGAGGCAUGGUAUCAAUGUAUAAAGUGUUUGACUGUUGGUUUGAAUCAUGUGGGGCGAUGCAGACUAGGUGGUUUGGUUUUGCGGGACAAGAGAAACCAGUGGUUAGAGACUGUAUGUGAAAUGGCUGAGAACCGAUGUCAGUUGGGGGCAGAUGUAUACAUACAUUAUCCUCAUCUUAAUGAUACUAUGCCGAAUGUCACCAUUUUCUGAUUCCUCCUUUCUGUCUUUGAGGAGUUGAUAUUUC